UUAUUACCAGAGCUGCUUAAAUUAUUCCCCGCCCCCAAUCUUUGUCUCUGUAGCGUUUUACCGCCGAAGCUCUCAGCCAAGUCGAUGAUGGCGAAGGCCGAGCCCGAUUCACAGAGCAACAGAGCAGCAGUGCAAGCCACCAACGACGACGCCUCUGCCAGUAAACUAUCAUGUGUUAGAAAGGGAUACAUGAAAGACGACUACAUACACUUUUUUGUGAGAAGGCCUAUCAAGAGAUCUCCAAUUAUUAACCGAGGUUAUUUUGCCCGUUGGGCUGCACUGAGGAACCUCCUCUUUCAAUUCCUCAAUGUUGGAACUAAUACAGAGGAACAUACAAAGAAGCAGAUAUUGUCGCUUGGAGCUGGCUUUGACACAACUUACUUCCAAUUGCAGAAUGAGGGUAAUGCACCGCAUUUAUAUGUGGAGUUGGAUUUUAAGGAGGUGACUAGUAAGAAAGCUGCAAUAAUUGAAGCCUGUAGUCAGUUGAGAGAAAAACUCAGUGGAACAGUAUCUAUAUCCCAAGAAAAAGGAGAAGUCUUCAGUGAUCAUUACAAGCUACUCCCUGUUGACCUGCGUGAUAUUGAUAAAUUAAAUGAAGUAUUGGCUAUUGCUGGUAUGGAUCCCAGUUUGCCAACAUUUAUAAUUGCAGAAUGCGUUUUGAUAUACUUGGAUCCAGAUUCGAGUCGUGCUAUAGUUGGUUGGGCAUCAAAAGCAUUUUCAACUGCAAUUUUUUUCUUAUAUGAGCAGCAUCAUCCGGAUGAUGCCUUCGGCCAACAAAUGAUCAGAAAUUUAGAGAGUCGAGGCUGUGCUUUGUUGGGUAUCAAUGCUACACCAACGUUACUUGCAAAGAAAAAGCUUUUUCUUGACCAAGGAUGGCAGACAGCUGGAGCAUGGGACAUGCUGAAAGUGUAUAAUAACUUAAUCGAAGCUCAGGAAAGACGAAGGAUUGAACGGCUGGAGUUAUUUGAUGAAUUUGAGGAGUGGCACAUGAUGCAGGAGCAUUACUGCGUGGCAUAUGCAAUCAAUGAUUCCCUGGGGCUUUUUGGGAAUUUUGGCUUUCCUGGGGACCAGCACGUGCUUGACCCUCCCCCUCAAGCAUGAGAUGUAAAUAGCUUCCUUUAGGCUGCUGCUGCUGGCAAUGCCUGCCUCCGACCGACUCUUCCAAAAUUUGUUGAAGAAUUUAAUACUCGAAGGAGCACGUGCUCUCCGCACGUGCCACCUACACAAGCUGAGGAAAUUAUUUGCCAGGUAAAAAGACAAAGGUAUGUUCUGGAGGACAUUAAUUUACUCAUAUAAGAUAUAGAUACAAAGAUUAUGAUUCUCAUGGUGUGGAAAAUGCCUCUAUUUAUAUUUGACUGUUUGAGCUGCUGGAUGUUUUGAGAGUAGAUAAAUCUUCUUCUCAUUUUCCCCUUGUGGUUGAUUGAGUUGAGCCAGCUGUUUGGCAAAAUAGAACAUGGUGGACCCCUUGAGUUAAAGAAUGUAGUAAUGACCUAUUGACUUGUGGGGACUAUGCCAUGUGCCAAACAUAAUUUCCAUUGUUGGCCCCUUUGCUUUAUUACUCCACUUCUCUUUUUUCUCCCUUGUUCUUCGUUUGUGGGGAAUUGGAUGAAGGAAAAAUGGUGCUGCCCUUUCACACUUGAACAUAUAUAUAUAUAUAUAUGAUGCUCUGUUAUGCUUGCUUA